AUGAACUAUUAUUUCAGAGGGAACCUAAUGUUGGAGGAGAACUAUGAGAUCGCAGAGGGUGUUUGUAUUCCUCGCAGUGCACUGUACAUGCAUUAUUUGGACUUCUGCGAGAAACUUGAUUCUCAGCCGGUCAAUGCUGCAAGCUUCGGGAAGAUAAUAAGACAACAGUUUCCUCAGUUAACCACACGGAGACUAGGAACCAGGGGCCAGUCAAAGUAUCACUACUAUGGAAUCGCUGUGAAAGAGAGCUCUCAGUUCUACGAUGUGAUGUACUCUAAAAAGGGCGCUGCGUGGGUGAACGAGACGGGCAAGAAAGUGGUCACCAAACAGACAGUGGCAUAUUCACCGCGCUCCAAGCUGGGCACUCUCCUGCCAGACUUUCCAAAUGUCAAAGACUUAAAUCUGCCUGCCAGUCUGCCAGAGGAGAAGGUCUCAACCUUUAUCAUGAUGUACAGAACUCACUGCCAGAGGAUACUGGAUACAGUCAUACGAGCCAACUUUGAUGAGGUCCAGAGCUUCCUGUUGCACUUUUGGCAGGGCAUGCCACCACACAUGCUCCCUGUCCUGGGCUCCUCUACAGUGGUGAACAUAGUUGGUGUGUGUGACUCCAUAUUGUACAAGGCCAUCUCAGGGGUCCUCAUGCCUACCGUCCUACAGGCUCUGCCUGACAGCCUCACUCAGGUGAUCAGGAAGUUUGCCAAGCAGCUGGACGAGUGGCUGAAGGUGGCAUUACAUGACCUGCCUGAGAACUUGCGCAACAUAAAGUUUGAAUUGUCAAGAAGAUUUUCCCAGAUACUUAAACGACAGACAUCAUUAAACCAUCUCUGUCAGGCUUCUCGAACUGUGAUCCACAGUGCAGACAUCACCUUUCAGAUGCUUGAGGAUUGGAGGAACGUAGACCUUAACAGUAUCACUAAACAGACUCUUUAUACAAUGGAAGACUCCAGAGAGGACCAGAGAAGACUUAUCAUCCAAUUGUAUCAAGAAUUUGACAGACAGCUGGAGGACCAGUCACCCAUUGAAGCCUACAUCGAGUGGCUGGACUCUAUGGUGGAGAGAUGUGUCGUGAGGUUUUGUACUACUAUAGCAGAUUCUGGGGAAGAGCUGAUGCUCAUGGGUUCCACACCCACAUCGACGUCACCUGGACCCUUAUCUCCUGCCAAGUCUGUUCACUCAGUGGGUGUGCCAGCAGUAGGUUCCCCCAAUUCAGCUCAGUCUCCAGAGUACACCAGCAUAUCAGCUACCACAGGAGCUGUUCAGUCAUAUACCUGGUCCCUUACAUACACAAUGACAGCCUCAGGUGGCAGCCCACCCGAGACCGGAUCCCAGCUUUCCUGCAUGAGAGGCGGACCCCCUCUAUAUGGCUCCUCAUCUACCCACAGGAUGCCAGUUUACCCACAUCGGGAUGAGCAUGGCUAUAAUUACAACAGCUACGCAAACCAGCACCAUCACGCUAUCCAGAGUCAGUACUCCAGUUUAACCCAUGAACCAGGGCUGCCCACCCCUCUGCAUUACUCCUCAUACCACCGGACCUCCGCACAGUAUCCACAGAUGUCCAGAAUGGAGUCCUGUUUGAUGAGUGGGUCUCCGCUUCUACAUUCGAGUGCGGUGACCCCCCGAUGGCCGGAUGUGCCCUCGGCCAACAGCUGUUUCUCCAGUCCCACUGUCCACACGUCACGCUACCCCACCGGAGACAUGUACUCCCCUCUCGCCCCACGCAGGAACUCUGAAUAUGAGCAUGCACAACAUUUUCCAGGAUUCGCCUAUAUUAAUGGGGAGGCAACGACUGGGUGGGCAAAAUGAUUGUACCCUUCCGAGAGUCUCCGUCCAAGAGACGAUGUCUGCAUGUGCAAAGCUGUGUGCAAAGCUGGACAGAUAAACCAGCGGCAGCCCAUAUUUAACAUAAUUACAAAGAAUGUAUUUGAGUGGGAAUGACAUUGUGUCAGAGAUGUUUUUAUUGGUAUGGUCAGUGUUUACAGUGCAAGCUGCCAAUGAAACUCUUUUUGAAUUGCAAUCAUUGUGAGAGUGCAAAAAGGCAGUGUCCCAGUUGUGCCUUUCCCUGCCUGUUUCUCAUUUAUCUCUCAUGAGCAUUAUAGGCCACUCAUUCAUUUACUGUGCAAAAACUUUGGUUGCUGAGCUUGUUUCAACGUAAAUAUGUACGUAUCUCAUGGUGUUCUGUUACCACAGACUGGGUGUUUGACGUCAGUGAUGUUAAUGACACCACAGUGGUGUUUUUUUUGUCAACAUCAAAGUGUGCUAUUUUCCUAGCAUAAACACAACACAUUCUCAGAACCAGGAAGAAAUGCCUUAAUAUUUGAUCUCAGAAUGCCCUCUUGGUCAGCUGCCAGAAUACGUACGUCAUAAGAGUUCAAACAAAUAAAGGCCUCUCAUGUCAGUACUUAUUGCAUGCGAACGUGAAAAUAAGAUUUCUCAUUUUACACAAAUGCAGAAUUACUCCAGUGUGAGGCUGGGGGAAUAUUAGAAAUCUUUUCUGUAGCUUUGUAACAUUGUGUCCCUUUGCAUUGUUUAUCUGUGUUUGAACUGUAUAUCCAGUUUUGUAUGAUUUUAAGAACCGAAAUGUGUUAACCUAGGUUUGUGUGUUCUUGAAUGCACUCAAAGGUACUGUGGACCUAUUACCCUAUGGGUAGGAAUAAAAAGGAAAGAAUAUAAAAAUGUAACAUUUAUUAUCUUUAGUCACUUUCUCUUGUAAAUAAAAGCACUCAGUAACUUCUGUGAUGACAGCUGUUACCAUGUAAAUGAUAUAUGUGGACUUAUUUGUUGCCACAU